AUGAAUCAGGAAAGCACCUUGUCUUUCUUCCGAGCUAAGCUUGAGAACGACCCCAAUAAGUCUACAAGUUUGGCAACAGUGGAAACAUUGAUGGAAGUUUUGGAUCGGAGUCGUGGUUUGUUCAUCAUUUUUCAUGCAUAGUGAACAAGUUUUAAAAACGAUUCAGCUACAACUGUCGCUGAGUUUCAAAACGAGCAAAAAGACGUGGUUGCCGCCCUUGAGAAGACCGACUACAGCUCAACGUCGAUCCGAAGCGCCGCCGACAUGUUCACGCGGUUCACUUCCCUUGCUCCAGCAGCCCUUCUAGAUCAGGAAGACUUCUCGCGAGUGCUCGAGCUCUACCGCCAACGUGCCCGUCAGUUUUACGGGAGUGUCAAAGGAGCUCGUGUCAAAAUCGCCACACAUACGAAACUGUUGUUCUCAGACAAUAUGGUAAGUGGAAAAUAAUAUUCAAGAUUGAUUCAUUCUGUUUCAGAACAUUCUAACGCAUUCCUUCAGUAAAGUCGUUCUCGCCUCAAUUCUGAGUGCUCAUAAAAGUGGAUGUCCUCUGACCGUUUACGUCACUGAAUCGCAGCCAGACGAGUCUGGAAAACAUAUGUGCCAGGAGCUGGCAAAGCACGGUAUUCCGACGGUUCUUGUCCUCGACAGUUGUGUUGGCUACAUCAUGGAACGUAUGCAAGCUGUCAUUAUCGGCGCGGAAGGAGUAAUGGAGACGGGCGGAAUCAUAAACAAAGUGCUGAAUAGAGCUUUCUAUGCCUUUUUUCUAAUCUUUCCCUGUUCUAGAUCGGGACUGUUAACGUGUGCGUCCUCGCGAAAUCCCGCAAUGUUCCUGUCUACGUGUGCGCCGAACUUUUAAAAUUUGUCAGAGAAUUUCCAUUUAAUCAAGCCGACAUUCCAAACGAAUUCAAGUACCGAACAUCUAAGAUUGAGAAAAACAAUUUGGCGAUGGAGCACCCAGAUGUCGAUUAUACAGCUCCCGAGUUCCUCACUCUCAUCGUCACCGACUUCGGAGCAAUGAAGCCGGAUGCCGUCGGAGAAGAGCUUCUCAAGAUCUACAUAUGA